AUGAGCAAGCGAGCAGCAGAGAAACUGAGAAACAAACCAAAGAAAUACAAGGAAUCAACAGAAGAAUUACCGGGACAAUCAACAAGUGACGAGCAACAACGAAAUCUAUUGACAACGCAACCCGAGACUCCAGUUGCACUAUCAAAUCCAAUUUCGGACGAAGACGCUUUUAGAAUGACUGUACGUGAAUCUUCUGUCGUUCUUGGUCAAAUAACUCAAGAUAACAUUGUGAUUUUCAAGACUCUAAUUGAUACAAUUUUCCCGGAAUAUUAUACCACAGAGAACUAUGAGGAUCAUGAUUCAAUGGGAGAGUUUGUGAGAAUUGCUUACUGUGAUGGAAAACCAGCUGGUGUUAUCGUUUGUGAUACCGACAAGAGUGACAUGCUGUAUAUUUCAAUGAUUGGAACAUUGAUGCAAUACCGGAAAUGCGGCAUCGGUUCGAUUCUCUUGGAGCACGCAGUUCAACUUGCUGAAAAGUUGAAAAAGCCUAUGUCGCUGCACGUUCGUGUAGACAAUGUGAACGCCAAAUGUUUCUACGAAAAGAACGGUUUCAUCGUGAAAGAUUUUGUGGAAGAAUACUAUAAACAAGCGCCAAAAGGAGCCUUUUUUCUUGUGAAUAGUAACCAUGCAGAAGGAGAAACAUCGAAUAUUGUUCCAGACGGGGAACAACCUGGAACAAGUGCGCGAAGCAACUCUGUCAUUCUUUGUGAAGUCACAAAAGAAACUGUUUCGAACCUCAAAAUGCUUAUGGAAACCGUGUUUCCAAACAUGUAUCCAGACGUUAAGUUUGACAAUGCACACAAACUGGGAAAGUUUAUCCGAAUUGCCUAUAUCAAUGAACACCCAAUUGGUCUUAUUAUCUGCAGAAUGGAAAAGGAAAUGUUGUACAUAGCGUUGAUUGGAGUUCUAGUCGAAUACAGAAGACAAGGAGUCGGCUCAGCACUCAUUCGAUACGCGAUCUCGUUCGGUGAAACCAUUAAGAAACACAUUCAUUUGCAUGUGCAAGUCGGCAAUACCACUGCUCAGCAGUUCUACAAACAACACGGUUUUAUUGAAACUGAGAGAGACGACACCUACUACGACGAUCCACCAAGAGCGGCAUUCGUUUAUACAAAAACGUUUAGUGAAUAA